AUGCACAAGAUCUCCAACUUCACGGGCCAGGCCCGUCAUGGUUGGGAACGAAUGACGCCAACCUUCGGGAUGUCUAGGCCUCAUACCGACAUGGCUUUUCGUCGACCACAUGGCGCUCCGCCCAUGACCCCUCCAACCAGUAUCGAUCCUACCGUCAACCUGUCCUUCAAUGUCCCCUUCUCCUCUACCUUGGCCGGCCCCGAUGUCGAAGAUGUGCUACAUGCUAGUCCCGCCGCCUUACAACGUUGGACUUUUCCUGAAGGCACUCCCGAAGGUACCCCCGUCCACCAACUACCGGUGCACACAAGCAAUGUCGAUGGAUUGCGGAGGUUAUGUCGCCAGAUCACCGACAACAGUGGUGGCCGCGUCGAAGCCACGGUCACAUCUUCAGAACCCAAGGCUGUACCAUCGCUGCAACGGCGACCCAACGGCCUGGUGACCAAUGUCUGUGUUACCGGCGAUGGAGAGACGGCGCGUAAGAUGCGUGCGAAGAUUUUGAAUGAUACCCCCAUUAUGUUGCGAUGUGCAACCGUCGACGUGGAUAUGCAUUUGAUUAUGGAUGGUUCACCUAAAGGAAUUCGAGCGAGCGUUCUGGAACACAUGGACACCUUGGCCGCCUACACCGGAACCGAUAUUUUCUUGCUUACACCCAAGCUGCACGAUGCGGAUAGUGCGAUCGUCUCCUCGUAUGGAUAUGCUUCUGACAAUGGCUUGGACCAACGCUUCCGAGUCGCUAUCUACGGUGACAUGGAAAGCUCGGAACAUGCCAAGACUCGGGUUCUGAUCAUGAUUGAUCAGAUUCUUAAACGUCAUGUCGAUGCUAUCAAGUUGGAGUUGACCAUGCACACCUUGGUGUGUGGUCGCACUCGCAAGAACAUCAAGCUCAUUGAAGCUGCCACCGGCACCGCCAUCUACUUCCCUCCGCCGUUUCCUCGAAUCUUUGGGUAUACCCCACCUGGUGCAAACCGUCGAAGUGAAGAUGAGGUCUACAUUACUGGUGAGACGCCGGAGCAAAUCACUCGCGCGAAGCAGAAGUUGCGGGAGCUGGUUAUGGGCGUGAAAAUUUACGUGAAGGAUGUGGUGGUCAACUCGAGCAAGAUUGACAACAUCUUGCUGGACCGCUUGGACAAGGUCCGCAAAGUGAUGGAGAUGAAUGGCUCCUACGUUCUUUUCCCGCAAUUGGGUAGCCAACGUGGGCUUGUUCGCAUUCAAGGCACAGAGGUCUUGCAUGUUGAGCGCACCGUUCGGGAGAUUAUGGCCUUGGCUGGUCAAUUCUACAGCGCCUCGUGGUGGAUCAUCAUGCCUGACCCUGCCCAGGGCGGCAUUCGCUCCCCUUCGACAGCCGACGUGCGGUCGAUGCUCUCAGAUAUCUGCACCAACUCCGAAGCUGAGGUUAGCUUCGAUAAUCUGACCUUCACCAUCAACGGAUCCGACGAUGCCGUCAAGGCUGCCAUGACCGUGGUGAACCAGAUUCCAUUUGUUACCCGAAGCCAAUACCAGAUGCGAGUCAAGAUCGAGCUGGCUAAUGAGCACAAGGAGUUCGUUAGCGGGAAAAAGAAUGGCAAGAUCAACAAGAUCAUGGGUCAGAGCAAUGUUCAAAUUAUUUUUGACGGCUUCAACGAGUACAAUUUCUAUAUUGAUGUCUGUGGAAAUCAGUACGAGUCUACCAAGAACGGUCUUGAUCUAGUCGAGCAAGAGAUGCCUGCUUCCAUCUCCUUUCACGUCCCCGAUCAGUACCACAAACGGAUCAUUGGUAUCGGUGGACAGCACAUCCAGCGUAUCAUGAAGAAAUACUCCGUUUUUGUCAAGUUCUCCAACGCCAUGGACCGUGGUGGUAUGGGCAAGGAAGAUGAUGACAUUAAGGUCGACAAUGUCAUCUGUCGAACUCCCGCUCGCAAUGCCCAGAGCCUGGACCUUGUUAAGCAGGAGAUCAUGGACAUGGUUGAGAAAGUUGACGCCGAGUAUGUCUCGGAGAGAGUUGUCAUUAACCGAUUGUACCACCGCGAACUGUUGGCUCGUAUGACCGAGAUCGAUGAGCUGGAGAAGAAAUGGAAUUGCAAGAUCGAGUUCCCCAGCACUGAGCUUGCCAGUGAUGUUGUGACUAUCUCGGGUCCCGAAUACCAGGUUCCUCAAGCCGUUGAUGCCUUGUUGGGUAUGGUACCGGAAAGUCACGAGCUUCACUUCCAGAGCUCUGUAGUGCUGCGGGAGUACUUCAAGGCUCCUGACUUCCUUGCAGAUGUUCGCACCAAACUCAAGGAACAGUAUGAGGUUGACAUCAAUGUUGACACCAGUGCUGAUCUUCCGGAUGAGGAUGACAGGGGGGCUUCUUCCCCUGACCCGGCUCCGGAGGAUCGUGUGGUGCUUGGUUACACCAGAAACAAUGCUGGUGGUCUCAAGGAUGCCAUUGAUUUCCUUAUCUCCCGCCUUGUCGCUCACGGUCUCGACGCCAAUACCGUCAAGGGUGCUAUCCCUCGACCCAAGUCGGACUCCUUCGAGGAGUCACUUCCCUUCUUCGAUUCCAAGUUGCUUCAACACGCUCCGGCUCCACUUGUGACUGAUUCGCCGACUCGUCCUAGCUUUGUUGACGAAGUCAGCGAGCGUGGAUCGAUCUUUGAGCGUCUCCGCAAGCCUGGUAGCAUUUCAUCUUUCUCCUCCUUCAUCGGUCGCAAGAACCAUUCGGCAUCCCCUGCCUCCUUUUUCAAGCAUGCGUCCAGCAACGCCUCCAAGGCAUCGCUAGUCUCAAUGGAAUCGCGGGACAGUGGCUACCGCAAUCCUUGGAAUGACUCUGGCGUGAAUCUCCCCGAGGAUGAUCUCCCUGUGCUGGGGAGCUCGCACAGCCACAAGAGCAGCAACAGCAACAAUGGCUGGCCCGCACGCUUCGACACCAAGUUUCCUUUCGGUACUGCACCUGGGGACAUGACACCCAAGCAUGACCCUCGUGCCUCUUUUGACAGUGGUCGUCCUAGCACUUCGAAUUCUACUUCUGGAUACCCGGCCCCAAUUGGGCCACCGCGUUAA